AAAAAUUUACUGGUGGGUAUUUUAUGUUGAAAAUGUGCUCAUAUAAUUUCUUAACGCUAAAAUCCACCUAAUAGUAGAAGGAUUUUCCAGUCACAAUGUUGGUAAAGUAUGAUUUCACAAACACGGGUAAAUUGUUAGAAAAUAACUGUCUUGAUAUAUAUUAUAUAUACGCACAAUUUAGUUGGUGUUAAUGAUUUUCCAUUAAGUGUACAUAUUUUGUUAAACCGGCAUAUAAAUGGGAUAUAUCAUGAUCAGGCCAUACUACGUGCUUCAUGGGCGUAAUAGCUGAAACUGGUCCGACUACCUUGAUGUGUGGUGAGUCGUGACUCCUCAACGUAACCAUACAAUUCUAUAUUAUUUAUUUAUCCCAAAACCUAACCUGUACAUUAUAAAUGUUUUUUGUUUUUUUUUACACUUUUUUGGCUUUACCAAAUUACAUAUUUUGUUUUUCUUAAAAAGGAAUCAAAUCAUCAUAUAUGCGGAAUGAUAAUUUUGUACUAUCAGCCAACAUUUAUUGUACGUGAAAAGUUACCAUAUGAAGUUUCGUUUCCUUUGACUAGGAAAUAGAAAGAAAAAGUUAACCCCCCAUCUCUUUUGGAUUUACUUCUGAUUUUUAAUUAAUUAUCUGCCCAUCUCGUGGUAUCUAUAAAAAAUUUGAAUGAAUUAGUCCGUCUCACUAGGUAGUCUUCUUCAUAAUCUCUGUGAUAUCUCUAUAUUUUUUUCUCCUAUUUCCCAUUAUUUAACCGCACAGGAAGGAGACGAGAAGGCGGAAGAGCCAGCCAGCAAGGCACAAAAAGGGGUAGAAGAAACUAUUCAAAUAAAAAAAAGAGAAGAGAAACACGAAGACGGAGGCGAUGAUGACGCACGCGCCGUGGCCGCUCUAGUUACCUAGCUAGCAAACUCCCUCCGUCGCCGCCGUCAACGAUCUCUUUCUCCGGCGCCUCCAUAGCUAGGUAUCCAAUUAACUAUCUAACCCUUUUUGUAUUCUAUGUCCAUAUAUAUUUAAUUGAUCAAUUCAUCAAUAAUCGUAAAAUUUCUAUGUAGCCUAUUUUCUUGAAGGCAAUGGUUUAUUUCGCCAUUUUUUUGUUGUUGUUGAUUGAUUUGAUGUUUAUUUCGGCAUUGAUUGAUUGAAUGAAUCCCCGAAGCCGUCGAUGAUGAUAGUCGCUCUUUGCCUUUCUGUUCUUGAUGUGCUGCGCUAGGUAGGGACUAGUUGUUGUGAAUUCUGAUUAAUUAAAACCCUAGCACGGUUAAAAUCAAUCACCUAUGUUUUAAUUUCUGGAUCCGUCACGGCCAUCAGAAUGCAUGAUAAAUGAACCAGUAACAAAAGUUGUGUGGUUUCCAUCGUCGUUUUUUUUUGUUUACUCCAUUUGCUGCUAAGAUGACAAUUUCAAUCUGACCAACAUUACGAAAACAAUCACUUUCGUGUUGUUGGUGGGUCUUCAUACCAAUCAAUAUAUGCACAUAUUUAUCCUAUUUAGACUUGUCCGUGAAGCAAAGUGCUAACGUAUUUCGUGCAAACAUCCUGUGUCUCGACUAGGGCGAAACAUCGUAGUACUGUCAAUGACGACGACGACGACAAAAGGCUCUCCCUCUUUGUUUCUGUGGUUGGAGUAUUGAGGAGAAAGAAGAUGAAAGGGGUGCAGCAGGAGGAUGAGUUCCCGGUGCUGUCCACCACCGUGGCGGCGGGUUCUUCUUGUAGCUAUCUGGAGGAAUGCAUUGGAUGCGAGAGCUGUCUGGAUCUCAACACCCAUACUGAACACCAUUUGCUUUAUCUCUUCCCCAAGCCAACAGUAACUCCUCGGAAUUGUGAUGUGGAUCAUAAUCAUGCUGCGGAUAAGGAAGAUCAUAGGGAAGAGGUAGUAAUUGAGGAACAACAAGAAGAAGGAAAUGAUGAUCGGUGUUGCAUUGUUGGUGGUGAUGAUGAUGAUGACAAGAGCAGUAGUAAGAAGAGUGAGAUGAAGGAUAAGGAGGAGGAGAAGCAGCAGAAGAUGAGGUGGUGGAAGAAGGAGUAUCCGCCGCCGAUACCGUUGCUGGCGAGGACGGAGAACCUGGCGUCGCACAUGCCGUGGGUGCUGAAGAGGCAGUACACGAACGAUGGAAGGCUGGUGCUGACGGAGGAGAGAGCGUGGCGGCAUCAUGAGUACUUUAGGGCUCACAGAAGCCACGGUCGCCUCACCCUCCACCUUGUUCCUUUGGACCCCCAUGACGACGACGACGAAGAUGAUGAUUUGGAGCAUUUGGGAGAUAAUGAUGAUGAUGAGGAGGAGGAGGAGGAUGAUGAUGAAGGAGGGUUUCAGAGGGCUAGUGGGAAUGCAGUCAAGUGUUUGAACUACAAUGGCGUGAUGAGGGGAAGCCCGACCAACUGCAUUUUUGGUGUCCCUCUUGUUCCAACUUUGAGACCGAUUCUGGGUUAGUCAAUCCAAGUUUUGUUAAAAAUAUUUACUGCAUAUAUCUAUCUACAUAUAUGAAAUAGCUAGCUAAAAGAGGGAAAGGAAUUUCUUCAUUCUUUUUGGGCAAUACUGGGAGAGGGAGUUUAUUAUACCUCGAGAUGGGUUUUGUUUGAUGGGAGGGGAGAAGAGAGGGUUGUUGAUAGAUGGAUUGGUUGGUCUUCCUACAGGAAUUGAUCAUUAGGGUUUUGUCUAAGCCAACUGUUGUUUACUGGUGAAUUCAUCAUUAUUAUUUUUCUCUCUUUCAGUUUUGCUAAUCUUUACUUGAUGUUUGAUGGUGUGUAGUAAGCAAGAAUUUGAAUUCGUGAGCUUUUAGGGUUUUCUUUCUUAUCAUUAGCAUAUCUUUAUCUUUGCUAUCGUUGGUUUCUCUUUUUCAAUUCUUCUAUUUUAUUUUACAAAUCUAUUUUAUUUCAUCUCUAGUUUGCAAACCCUGGAGUAGGAGUUUAAACUGAAUGUUGCUUGAUUCAUAACAACAAAGGAAAAAACUCGUGUGGUUCUCGUUGAUGUGUUUUUACUUUCAACUAUGAAAACAUAACAUUUUUUGUCAUUUGGCUCGACGACUGAUAUGGUAUUUGGAUGGUAAAAUGUUUGGGUAUGCUUAUGGUGACUUAUAAGUCACAAUGAUUUGGACAAAACGGUCGACUGAAAGUGAUUGUGGUCAAAUGAUUACACCAACAUGAUCAUUCUAAUGAAAGAAUGUGGUUAAACAUGGAUCGGUCAAUCGUGCGUAAGAGACUCAUAAGUAAAAAGGUCAACUUUUCCAUCAAAGUGGUCGACCAUAUCAAGAAGAAAUCGACCACACGUAAGAGCGCUAGAUCCUCAAUCUUAACAAACCAUCAUCUUAGUAGAUUAAACUGAUUGGUUUUACGGUGGACCUUCUACAAGAACAAAACCCUUGAAUUGUACAUUCCGAUCAACCUCAUAGGACCCAUUAUGUCAUGCACCUUCUGAAAUCUAACAAACUACCAUAGAGAUUUUGAAAUUCAAUCGACAAUCAUAUUAGCAAGAAAUCAUAUAUCUUCUUAAAAACUUAAUUAUUAAUAACAAAACACAAUACACACACCUCACCCAAUCCAAAACCACAACGUUUAAUCUCGAUCCACAAUCAUAUAUAGUUGCUUUAUACCAAAUUGUCUUACAAGGUUAAUAGAUCACACCAAAAUAAAUAAAACGCAUAAUAUAAUUCAUGGAGUUGUUUGAUCUCUCUCCUCUCACUCAUCUUGAUUAUCUCGAUUGGUGCUGCUAAAAUUUUGUUGCUCAAAUUUGUUGGGAAUUAGAAAUUCUUUUUAUUAUAACAAUUUAAUACCUAAACUUUUCAAAAUUUACAUAUUGGUCUAUGACUUGGAUGUCAUUUGGAUCCAUGGAUCGAUCCACCAAUCCACAUGAUCCAAUCUAUUGCCCCUCCAGUUGGGUACAUGUAUCUUCCACUAAAAGAUUAAAAUUCAUCCUGCAUCUAAAUUACAGUCACCUAAAGUGUGUUCAUCUGACCAUAUCCCAUAUAAUUGGUCAUGUUAGUCAUAUGAUCACAUAUAGCAUUGAAGGUGACUCGUGGAGUUGAAUAAUCUGCCUACAACAUUGGCUCAUCUUUGGGCUCUUUAUUUGUCUCAUCAUCUUCUUCAUUAGUUUCUUCAUCAUUCUUAGUUUCUUCAUCAUCCCCGCUAUGCACGUCAUCUUCACAGUCCAUGUUUGUUUCCUCGUGCUCGGCAUUCUAAAUACCAUCAUCCACGUUUGUUUCUUCAUUAUCCAUCAUAUAAAAUCGAACUCGGAAUCUUAUAUGAAUAUGCAAAAAGAAGGAGAAAUACUGAAUCCAGUGACUAGGAGGUUAAGUGAAAUUGACAACCCCUUAGAGAUUUUGACGGGAUGCCAUCCCUCCAAAGUAUAAUAAAACAGAAUAGAAAAG